AUGGAAGUAGACUGGAUCAGGGUGUUACACCAUACCGGUAAUGCUAGGUCUAACAAAGGCCCGAAAACGUCAGAGAAAUGUAGGGAGAUUUGGUACUCUGCUGGAAAGACUAUCAAGGAGUCAUCUGAAUCAGAUCGGACCGAUAACGAUAACGAUAGUAUUGUACUCGGAGAAAACGGAUUACAUCCAGAUAUCGAUAUGACGCUUUCAAAUGAUGAAGCUUGUCAAGCCGCUUUAGCUCAUCUAAAGAUGUUCGAAUGGAUUGAGAGGAGAGCAGAGUCUAAUUUGCCGGUGUAG